AUGAAAGCUAUUCUGCAGCGAGUCCUGUCGAGCUCCGUCACGGUCAAUGGUCAAACCGUCUCGGCCAUCGGUAAAGGAGUUCUUGUUCUCGCUGCGAUUGGCCCCGAUGACACAAAGAAGGAUGCCGAAACCAUGGCUUCCAAAAUUGUAAAGAUGAGGUUGUGGCCAGACGAGAAUGACUUUAACUGGAAGAAGAACGUCCAGGACAUAGAGGGGGAGGUCUUGUGUGUGUCGCAAUUUACGCUGAUGGCCAACACGAGGAAGGGUAACAAGCCCGAUUUUCAUGGAGCUGCUAAGCCAGAAGUUGCGAAAGAGCUGUAUGACUAUUUCGUGAGUCGCGUUCGUGACCAGCACGGCUCGGACAGAGUCAAAGAUGGUGUCUUCCAAGCAAUGAUGCAAGUUAGUCUUGUCAAUGACGGCCCAGUCACCAUCGAGAUUGAUACAAGGCCUCCGAAGAAGGAUUCAGCGAGCAGCACCAAAACCAGCACUGGAGCAUCAACGCCAGUGCAGCAGCAGACUAAUUGA